AUGAGCUCUGACGUUUUAGUGUCACGGCCACACUAUGACAGCAGAGCUGUGGCUUUGGGGGUCCCGGAGAAGAAUCCUCCUCCGGAGGUCCCGCAGCCGUCCUCAGGCUCAGCCACCGCGGGGUACCGCUCCGCUAAGUACGCACCAGCCGAGUGGUUCUCCAACUACCACACCAUCCUCCAACAGGCCGGUUCCGACCGCUACGAAGCCCGGAGCAUCCAGCGAGAGUCUAAAACUCUGUACCAGGACACCGAGGCAGCCACUUUGCAGACACAGGCCGAGGGAACGCGUCUUCUGGGAGAGAGACUACAAGACAUCCACUGCUGGAAGUCAGAGCUGCAGCGGCACAUCGAGCAGCUGCUGGCCGACACCGACUCACUGCUGGCGCUGAAGACGCGGCUGGAGAAGGCGCUGGACGCCACCGAGACUCCGUAUGCCAUCGCCACCGAUAAUCUGAACUGCAGGGCGAGAAGACCAGGACCAGACCUGGUCCGUGACUCCGUGGAGGAGGAGCUGCUAAAGGAGGUGGACUUGAUCAGGAGCGUCCAGGCUCUUCUGAAGAGAACUACAGCUCAGGUCGUCACUCAGAUCAAGAUGAACAGAGAGUCCAAGCAGACAUUAGAGUUGGACUGGUCUGAUAAGUACCAGGCCUACAACUUUGACGAGCACUGCGGCAGAUACAGCAACAUGAGUCCAGAUACACAGCUCCACCCCAGCUCAGCCACCAUGCACGACCAGGUGUGUAACCACACAUCGUGGGCAAAGUUCACACGGGACAACCUGAGCAAGGCUCUGCAGGAGGAACAGGCCAGCAACAGUCUCAGAACGCUGGUGGAGCGAGUGCUGCUGGACACCACUGAGGAUCUGAGAGCCCAGUGCUCCAGUGUGGACCGAGCCUUCAGCCAGCGCUGCGUGGAGCUGGUGGAGGCCAAGACCCAGCUGGAGAUGAGGCUUGCACAGGUCCUGGAGCAGAUUGGGACCCAGGAGAGGAACAUUGUGGCUCUACGGCAGGCCAUCCACAACAAAGAGGCUCCACUGAGAGUAGCUCAGUCCAGACUUUACCUCCGCUCACUCAGACCCAACAUGGAGCUCUGCAGGGAUGAACCCCAGCUCAGUUUGGAGGGGGAGGUGAGGCAGAUUGACGCCACUCUGGCGUCUCUGCAGCAGCAGCUGAGCGAGGCCAGAGGCUCCCUGUCCCACCUGGAGGAGUCGCGCAUGGCCCUCGAGAAGGAUAUAAACCGAAAAACCCACUCGCUGUUCAUCGAGAGAGACAAGUGCAUGACUCACCGCAAACGAUACCCAACCAUCUCCACACUGUCAGGAUACUGAGGAUGAUUGUUAGUCACAAAUCUUGAAUUAGUUUGGUCUCUUCUGUUGUGCUGUGUUG